CCCAGCAAUUUCUCCCCAUUCGCUGCCUUGGUCUUUCGACAUACAAAUAAAUCCUUUCUUCUCUUUCUCGCCUCUCGAAUCUACCCUUCAAACACAUAUCAACAAAGCAACCCACUACUCGCCAACAUGGCCGUGCGCGCAUCAUUCGAGAACAGCAACGAAGUCGGUGUCUUCGCCACCCUCACCAACUCCUACAGCCUCGUCGCAGUCGGCGCCUCAGAGAACUUCUACUCCGUCUUCGAAGCCGAGCUUCAAGAUGUCAUCCCCAUCUGCCGCUGCACCAUCGCCGGCACCCGAAUCAUCGGCCGCUUAACAGCAGGCAACCGAAAAGGCCUGCUAGUCCCCACCUCCACCACCGACCAAGAACUCCAACACCUGCGCAACUCCAUCCCCGACAGCGUCAAGAUCCAACGGAUAGAAGAGCGGCUCUCCGCCCUCGGCAACGUCAUCUGCGCCAACGACCACGUCGCCCUCGUACACCCCGACCUCGAGCGCGAAAGCGAGGAAAUCAUCGCCGACGUCCUCGGCGUCGAGGUCUUCCGGCAGACAAUCGCCGACAACGUCCUCACCGGCUCCUACAUGGCCCUCUCCAACCAGGGCGGCCUCGUGCACCCCAAAACUUCCAUUCAAGAUCAGGACGAGCUGUCAAGCUUGCUACAGGUGCCGCUUGUGGCGGGCAGUGUGAACCGGGGCAGUCAGGUGGUGGGCGCGGGCAUGGUGGUGAACGAUUGGAUGGCGGUCACGGGGCUCGAUACCACAGCGACGGAGCUGAGUGUGGUGGAAUCGGUGUUUAAGCUUGGCGAGGGCAUGGGGCCCGAUGCGAUCAAUACGUACAACAAGGAGGCCAUGGUGGAGAGCUUCUACUAGCUGGGCCUCUGGCGUUCCUGUCAGUCAGUCUUGUCUUGCGUACAAGCGUGGCGUUGUUGAGAGGAUAUCAAUUGGCGUGUACAAAGCAUUAGGGAUUUUGUCGAGACGAGCGUGAAAAGACAUCGUUCAACAGAUAUCAUAUGCCACUUUCGCCUGACCUUGAGAUUCUCGGCCUAGACCGCACGUGACAACGACGGUUCGUCGCUGUUCCCGACUUCCGAAUCGGGAAAAACAAUGCGGCUACCACACCUCAC